AUGGGCACUGCGUUGUCCAGGGGAUCUGUUCGCAUCGCUGCCUGCUGCUCUGGCAGCCUAGCACGGCCGACGGCGCGCCCCUGGGCACUGUUCCACGGUCCAUUUCAUCGCUCCGGCCAGAAGACGCUCUGGACACUCGCUGCCACGCGGAUGUCUGCGCUGGGAAUGAGCGCAAAGGAGGGCGACGAGAGUGCCGGCGGGCCCACCGGCGCGCCCGUGGCGCCAGGUGCGGCGGACGUCGCGGUUCCGACGACCGGCCCCGACGGCCAGCCGCUCUCGAAGAACGCGCAGAAGAAGCUGCGCAAGCAGCUGCUUUGGGAGCAGCGCAGGAAGGAGCGAAAACAGCAUGACAGAGAAAAGAAGGCCCGGGCGAGGGAGGCGAAGCGCGCGGCGCGGGACGCGGAGUUCGCGGCGCUGACGGAGGAGGAGCGCGAGGAGCGGCGGAAGGCCGCGGCGGAGCACCGUCGGCAGCUGCGCGCGGAGGAGGACCAGCGGCGGGCCCGCGUCAGGCGCAGUCUGACCGACGGCAUCGACGUGUGCAUCGACCUCGACUGGCCGGGCCUGCACAACGACCGCGGCCUGCGCUCCCUCGCGCAGCAGGUGUCGUACUGCUACUCGGCCAACUCCCGCGCAGCCACGCCGCUGCACUUGCACCUUGCAGGCCUGGCGCCCGGGUCGGACGCGCAGAGCGUCGUGCAGCGGCUGUCCGGGGUGGACAACUGGUGCGUGACGAAGCACGAGGGCGGCGUGGGCGCGGCGUUCGCGGACCGCGCGGGCCAGGUGGUGUACCUGACCGCCGACGCAGAGGACACUCUGGAGACGCUGGAGAAGGGGAAAGUAUAUGUGAUUGGGGGAAUGGUGGACAGGAACAAGCACAAGGGCAUCUGCCUGGAGCGGGCGAAGGAGCUGGGCGUGCAGGCGGCGAAGCUGCCCAUCCGCGAGCACCUCGCGGAGAUGAAGGGCACGCACGUGCUGACCGUCAACCACGUCAUGGAAAUGCUCAUACGCUACCAGGAGGCGGGCAGCUGGGCGGAGGCAGUGCAGGCGGUGGUGCCGACGCGGAAGCGCAAGUUGGACGACGAGGACGCGGGGAGUGCUGGCGAGGGGGACGACGACGGGGACGGCGCGGGGGAGGCCGAGCGGCGCAAGCGGGCCGCGCACGACACAGACUGA